GGGGACAAUCUAAAAAAUCCUAGGAGCUGGUAAGAUUAUUGGGCGUUGAUGCUUCAACAGUUUCAUUGUAAAGUUAUUCACAGAAAACCUACUGACAACUGAGGCUCUUUCUCGUAGGUUUACCAUGCGCUGUGAAAAUUUGGAGUAAAAUGAGAAGGAUUUUGCACAAGCCCAGGAUAAGUGGUCGCCAAAAAGAACAGGAAAAAAUAAUAAGUACAUAAAACCAAAAUAAAGACAGGGACCAGCCGCCGUACUGCUUGCACUGGGAAUAAAACGCAAUCUAAAUUUAGAUGCCGGUCUAAAAUUACACCAAAUAGAACAAGCGGGUUAUUUAACUCGCGUUGUUUUAGUCAACCUAGAAAAGUGUCCCGGUUUUGUUAGUGACACAAGCAAAAAAUAAUGAAUUCUGGUGGUUGGGUUGUUGACGAGAAUGAGGAGGCGGCAGAAAAAUCACGUUUGGCCAAAACUGACCGGCAUCACAGUUUCAGCAAAAAAAUCUGGUACGAAAUGUAUAAUAAGGCUAAAUCCAUGCCCUCCAGCAAAGCUAUAUUCAUAGAUCAAGACCAAGCAGAAGGCAGUUCGGAUGAAUAUUCCCAAUGGAGCGAUUUACCAGAUUUGAUAUUGGAAAACAUUUUUACCCAGCUCUCCAUAAAAGAAAGAUAUUAUGCUAGCUGCGUGUGUAAAAAUUGGAACAGAGCUUUUUAUUUGCCUUUUGUAUGGAGAGAAUUUACUUUGGACGAUCAUACUCUGACGAGAAGUAAAUUCAAUUAUUAUUUGGGUUGGCAGUACGUUUUGGACCAUCUUAGAACAUCCCUUUGCCUACAAACAAUUGGCAAGCACAUCAAACACCUUAUAAUAAAACCAAUGAUGAAUUUUUCUAACUUAUACGAAUUUAUGAAUAUUUUAUCUUGGUACAUCGAGCAAAGUGUUGACACCAAAAGUACGAUUGUAGGCGUAGGACAAAAAAUUGAACAUUUAAAAUUCACCUUCCCAUGUAAUAUGACUACCAGAGAAGAUGAUGAUAGAAUCAAGUUAUUUGGAACUGGAGGCAAACUUUUAGCUGGGCUUAAAAGACUCAUGGGCAAUUUGAAUAAGUUGCAAAGUUUAGAACUAACUGAUUUGUUAUUAGAACCCUGUGAAGCACAGUUUUUAUUAGACCAAGUUUGUCAGGGUUGCUGUUUAACUAUGAAAACCUUAAGUUUGAUUAACGCUACAAAGAUCCCCUAUCAAGUUUUACACGUUGGGGUAUUUUUGAAUAUGUUGGAACUGCACAUCAGUCCGCAAAACCUAGGAGAGGACUUGGUGGAACUUUUAGGCUUUACAAACCUAAAACAUUUGCAUAUAGUUCAAAACAGAUACACAAUAGACGAGGGGUUCAUCAAACCCGUAGGGCUACAUUGUUGGAAGAAAAUAAGAUCAGCGAAAGAGGAUUUAAAUGUGCAUCUACAAGUUGAAAGUAAACAAUUUAAAUCCGUCAUAUGGCAAGAAGGUGCUCCUGUCAGGAGUGUAGUUUAUAAUUCUGCACAUAUUGGGCUGAAAGCAGAUCAACUCAUCAAUACCAUAGAUUUCUUCAAGCAGGACUUACGGACUUAUGGUCACAUGAAUAUUCCCAGGUUCCAUAUGGCCAAGGCAUUUACUGAUAGAAAUGACGAAAACUUAGUUAUGCUCGCUAGAUCUUGUACAUAUUUAUCCACAUUGAUAGUCACAGAAAGAAUUUCCACUUCAACUGUCUUACUUCUAGCUUAUACUGGCCGCAACUUGAAAUGGCUGCAUAUCAGAGGCAAUGCAGUCAUAAUAAGAUGCGAUUGGCUCAAAAGCCCAGAUUGGUCAAACGAAUUUUAUGCUUGGCUGAAAUGUAACAGUCGUUCCUACCAGUUGGUAGAAAAUGAAGUGUCUCAAAUUUUGAAGUACAAGUGGACAUUUUUAACUGAUAAAGCUUUUCAAAGGCUUGAAAUUGAUUUACACGACUAUUAACCAUUAUUUAUUUAUUGCGAAAUGGAAUGGAAAAAUUGAAAGUUUUAUGGGCCUGGUUGGGCGAAAAAUUUCAAACGUAUAGGCUUUGCUUAAGCUGAUGUAUGCUACUAUGCCAAUUUACCUAAAGAGAGAUUUUAUUCACGAUAUUGAAAAGGAUUUUUUUAUUGUUGUUAUCAAUGUAAUAAUACCUACAUAUAUAAAAUAUAUUUGUAAACUAAGUAUAUUAAUCUUUAACG